CUGAUAUGGGUCUAGUUUUUCGUAACUUGUUCCCGUUUUUGAAAGAAAAUCUGCUUAGGGACAGCCUUGCAAUGUGAUUACAGCAGACUACUUCAUAUCGAGACCGGAAAUUGGAACGAGCCCCCAAACUGCUACCAACGGGUACUUGUUGUCGCACUAAUGCUUGUGUUUUCUGCAGCUACAGAUUCAUUCAACAGCUACAACGCCCUGGUAUAUUACCGGUUUUAUAUGCUUGUUCUUUUGGUAUUAAGCUACAAAGCUCAAAUAACCAGUGACUUCCAAGUUCAAGGCAUAAAAUCAAGAUGGGGAUUUUUGCUUCCAUAAAGACAUGGUUUGUGCUACAUCUCUUGAUGGGAUAUAUCUUCAUUUUGUCUGGAUUGAUUGUGAACUGUAUUAUGUUUUGCACCCUCAUCAUCUGGCCAUUUAGUAAAACGAUAUACCGAAAAGUUAACUGUUACCUAGCAUACUGGAUAUGGUCACAAUACACAUUUCUGGGUCAGUGGUGGUCUGGGUCUGAUAUUGUCCUGAAGACAAAUCCAGAGGAUGUGAAAUACUAUGGGAAAGAGCAUGCAAUCAUUAUUUUGAACCACAAAUAUGAUAUAGACUGGUUGUUGGGAUAUUUUUUAGCUGAGAGACUGGGAAUACUGGGUGGUUCUAAAGUAUAUGGCAAAGAAAUGCUGAAGUUUGUCCCCAUCCAAGGCUGGUCUUGGUAUUUCACAGAGUCUGUCUUCCUUAAAAGAAACUGGGAACAAGACAGGAAGAUCAUCAUUAGGGAUAUUAAAAACCUGGCAGAAUUUCCAGUCAACUACUGGGUGACAAUCCUGAUGUUCUGUGAAGGGACCAGGUUCACAGAGGCCAAGCACAAAGCAAGCAUGAAGGUGGCCAAAGAGAAGGGUCUGCCUGAGCUGAAACACCACCUCCUGCCCAGGACCAAGGGGUUUGUACUCACUAUGCAGGGACUCAAAGGAAAAAUUCCAGCUAUUUAUGAUUGCACAGUGGGAAUCACAAAAAGUGAAAAUGAGCCAACAUUCAUGAAUGUUGUCAAUGGAAAAACAUUUAAAGCUGAACUCAAAGUGAGGAGAAUAACUCUUGAGGAAAUCCCAACUGACACAGAUGAAGAAUGCUCAGCGUGGCUUCAUAAGUUGUAUCAGGAAAAGGAUGAGUUCUAUGAUGGUUUCCUGAAAAAGGGCCACUUUGAUGGUGCUUUGAUAGAGAUCCCCAAAAGACCCUGGGACCUGUUAGUGUGGUUGUUCUGGGCAGUAACAUUGGGUGUUCCUCUAAUCUACUACCUGAUCCAAGUGCUGUGGUCAGGGUCCAUCUAUGUGUCAGGUUGUGUGGUGCUGGUGAUUGUCUUUGGCUCUGUGAUGGUGAGAUGGAUGAUUGCAGUGACUGAAACUGAGAGGGGAUCAAAAUAUGGGCACAGGCAUGAAGAGAAAAAAGAGCAAUGAUGAAUUACAGCUGUUUUUCUACUAUAACAUGAUGCCGAAUGCUCAGAUAUUUUAGUCAUGUUUGAAGAGCUACUGUUCUUGUCAUAUACUCAUUGGGUAUGUGACCCAAUAACCAAAUAUACAUGAACUAAAAAAAGAAAAUAUUUGAUGUCAGUAUAGUUUAUGUAGAAUAAAAAGGUUCUGGCAUAUCUUUUUUCCUACAGCAAAUACUUCAGAGAUAACUUUGCCAUUUUUAAAUGUCAAUUUGUAUUGCCAUAAUUAUUAAAUAUAUUGUGUAGCCAUUUAUGGUAGGUUUUGUAUGAUUCCUUUAUUUUUUUAAAAAUAGCAAUGGCAUCUUUAAAAUACCCCAGUGACAUCCCUGCAGUUUUUGUUUCAUUUGAGUAAUGAAUUUUUUAAUGGACUUUUGGUGCCAUUGGUAAGUUUUAUGCUUAAGAAGUAUAUUUAGAUGACCAAUAGAUCAUGUAAUUGAUUUUUCUUUUUUAGCAUAGAAAGAUACAACCCUCAGUUUCAGAUUCUUGUUGAUGGUCUUUGCAACUGGCAGGCAACAAGUCUGCUUUUUACAUUUAGUCUUUUUAAAAUAUUGUUUUAUUAGGUUAACUAUGCCAAAUAAUGAAUUAUUACUCUAUAAUCUGGACACCAGGUUUCUACACAAAGUAAUAGGCCAAGCACCUGUGCAAUAAGAAUAACCUAAACCUCUGCCAAAGACUUUCUGUAGUUAGUUUGAAUAAGGAAUUAGAUAUCAACUUCCUUAGUCUGAAAAAAGUUUUCAUUAUCAAAUGUUUGGCUAUUAUUUCGUUAUAAGAUCUGUUAUCUUAUGCCUAACAUAGGGUGAAAAAAAUACAAAUUAUUAUUACCUGGGUCAUGUAUAUACCUUGAUUUUAUUUAGAGGUGGCACUUAUUACAAUAAUAGAUUCUUUUAUUUCAUCAAAUACAACCAAGAGGAACUAUUAUGCAUUGUCUUUGGGUAUGCAGGCCAGUUAAAAGAAAACAGUGGGAUUGUCUUUUUUUUUAUAUAGCAGAGUGGAUAAAUGGACAUCAUUAGGUUGGUUAAAGGUCAUUGUAUAAGUGAGUUAAGUGGUGACAUUAAAAGACUACCAAAGUGACCACAGUGUACUCUGGAGCUUGGGCUAAUGAAUCCAGAUAUACACAUGUAACUGAUUAUUGCUUUUUAUGCCUGCUGGUUUGAUUAACAUAUUUAGUGCUAAAAUUUAUUUAUUUAGAAUGAAAUUGCAUGUUGCAUGGAGUUAAGAAAAUAAUACUUGUGAGAAUAUAUACAUGUAUUUAUCUGGGCAGAAUGGAUAUGUUUGGCAUCUACACUGUUAUCAGUAAGGGCUAUCACUGUUUGGUGCUAUACUUGAAUGUUUACUAGCUAUGCCAGAUAAGUUGAUAUCGCCUUUGAUAAAUAGAAAUAGAAAAAUAAUUUGAUGGAAAAGGUAAGAUGGCAAUCCUACAAAUUGGCACACAGAAAUAUAUCCAGCUGCACUGUAUCACAUUAAAUGGAUCUCAUCUGCUGCAUUCCAUGGCAAUCAGAUUGGACUGAUAUCAAAUCCAAUGCAAAGAAAACAAACCCCACCAAUCAAACAGAGAGGGUUUUCCCUCUCCCUAAAUAGAGGACUCUUGUUUUUCAAAAGUUGGUGAACCCUUAAUCACCUCUGAAUCCUAUCCUGUGUUUUGAAUACUAAGUGAAUGUUUCUCUAUUUUAAAUGAAGAGGAUAUGAUUAUCUAUGUUUAAUGUGAUCUCUAGGUUACUUCCAAUGGCUUGCUUUGCAUUGUACAGAGUUAACUAGGCUGUAAGGCUGUCAUAAAUCGCAUAAAGAGUAAAAGCAUAUGUAAUUGUAAACAGUUGCAUACCUCAUAGAUACUAAUGUUUAUUAUGUUGUCUGGUAGCAGGUGAAGCACAGCUGUGAUAUAUGCACACUUCACAGUGGUAGCAGAGCUCAAUAUGUAACCUUCCUGCAUUUGGUGGUCUUAGUUUUAUAUUUUAUAAAAGUUUUGAACUAAACUUUGGUAUAUUUUAAAAAUGUUUUUUUAGUAGAAAAGCCAGUUGGUAUUUUAUCAGUGCAUUAACUUCCAGUGCAUUUUUAACUUGACAAACAUUACAGUAAUGUCAUUUGAUUCAAAGAAUUUACUGUUGUAAUUGGUCUGUUCUUUCAAAAGACAGGGUAACCAGAAUGUUAGUUGAAUAGUUUAAGUUUACAUGCCAAAACAUCCGAGUUUGCAGGACCAGAAUGAGAGAACAUGCUAGUUAUAAUCAAAGGAAUAAUCAAGGAAACUAAUGUUGAUGACACCAAACAUGUCAACAAAAUUGAUUGACAACCUAUUUUUUUUUUUUGUUUUUUUUUUUGUUUUGUUUUUUUUUAGGUGGAAAGCAUCCUGAUCAUGUGAUGUUCAAUUAAACCAAUUCUUAUGUAGGAAUAAAAAAAGAGCACCCAAAGUUACUGAACACUGAAAACUCACCUCUCUACCAUCGGCCUCUGCUGUUCCCAGUAAGCUGAUAGUAGAGACUUGAGUCCACAGUGUCUUCUGAAACUCUUGGAGGAAAAGAGAGAGAGACAGUUCUCAUUGUGAUUAAAAAAUAAUUUACAAGUGAGUGUGUUGCAUGAUCUGUAUAUCUGUUUUUCUCCUUAAAUAUGAUAAUGGGUAGCAUUUCUCAAUAAAGAAUUUACAUUUUAACACAAAACAUUAUUUACAGUUACCAGUGAAGUAUAGAAUAUCAGUUGCCUCAUUUAGUACCUUGUGUCUUGCAUGCCACAUACAUGUAUGUCCACUAAUAAUACCUGAAAUGUUACAUUUAGAGCUUAACAUCAAAGUUAAAUAAAAUGCUCAAGCUAUACACAA